AUGUCUUCCGAACGGAUCUUGGCUGUGACUGCCAGACUGACCAUACACGGACAUCGGCGCUUCUUGCUCGCUGGCUCGCCGUCCGUCCGCCUCCGCACGACGCUCGUCACAGUCCCGCACCGCUCACAGUCCACCACCGCCGUGGCAAUUAGCGAUCCGCUUGUUGCAUACCAGACCUUGGUCAAGUCGGGACGCUUGCAAACCGAUGAGUCACAGUUCAGAGCCGCUAUACAUCUGCACAAGCUUUAUGAAAGACUUCUGGAUUACCGCCCGCCUGUGGAUUUUCAGAAAAAGUUGGCUCUCUUGAAUACAGAGCUCCUUAAAAAGAAAGAUCCAGAUCCAGCUACGAGGAAGUCGUUCUUGGAUUGGCUUGGUCGGAAGGAUCCAUUGCAACGAGAAAGUCUCGCUCUCGUCCGAAUCUUAUCCCAAGAGGAGGAAGUAUAUAAGCUUUCGACCCCACGAGGGCUAAUCCUUUGUGGUGAAGUAGGCACGGGAAAGAGUAUGCUCAUGGACCUAUUCAUGAAUAGUUUUCCGAGCCGUACCAAGCGCAGGUGGCACUACCAUAACUUCAUGGCAGAAAUGUAUCGACGGCUACACGUCGCACAGCAGACCCAAGCAUAUCGAGAUUUUGGAGAUGAAUACUGCCUGCUUCGCAUCGCUCGAGAUGUUCUCGAAGAAUCCACUGUUCUGGCGAUAGAUGAGUUCCAACUCCCAGAUCCCGGAGCAGCAGCUAUAGUACGCAACUUCUUCCUGUAUUUCUUCCGCCUCGGAGGAGUGCUUGUUGCGACCAGUAACCGGCUCCCUGAUAACCUAUACGCUACCGGCUUUGGUACAGACGCGUUCAACUCGUUCGCCAAGAUCCUAAGCUCGCGAUGCGAGGUUUAUGAAAUGCACAGCGAACUAGAUUAUCGGAAGAACAGGGCGGAAGACGAAUCUGCUCCCUACUUCUGUCUCCACGGACACGAUGAUAUUCGAUGGACGGAAACAGUCAACAGGCUGCUGGAUGGGAAAGAAUGUAGCGAAACGAUUCUCCAGGUUUAUGGUCGUCCUGUACACGUUGCUCAAGCUUAUGGAGACACAGCAUAUAUGACCUUCAACGAGCUAUGUGCAAGAAACCUGGGCGCUGCAGACUACAUUUCCAUUGCUAGCAGGUUUCCCACGCUCAUUCUCGAUGAAGUUCCCGUGAUGAGCCUUCUGAUGAAGAAUGAAGCAAGGCGCUUCAUCACGCUUAUUGACGCCCUUUACGAGUCACGCACCAAGCUUUUGGUACGAGCCGCAGCCGAGCCUGAGGAACUCUUUUUCCCGGAAACGACCACAGUAACCGAUGAGGUGUCAAACGAACAAGAACUAUUGAAAGAAGUAUAUGCCCGUGCGCAUAUUGAUACGACUUCACCUUACCGCCCAAAUGUGACCUCCUACGACACUCGAACUGGGGAAUCGUUCAAAUCGCUUUCGCCCACGACCUCUGCUGUUGAUUACGGACAAUUGAACAAAUUCACUGGCGAAGACGAGAAGUUUGCAUUCAAAAGAGCCGUGUCAAGGUUACAUGAAAUGAAGUCUGAGCGGUGGUGGGAAAAUUGCGAAUGGAUGCCCGUUUCGCACAGGACUUGGGAGGUGGAGCGCGCGGAAGGAGCGCUAGGCAGCGCGACACGGCAGCAGGAACAGCUGGCGACCGCGGCCGAGGAUAAGGAAGCAAACAUAUUCAGCCCGUUCAGGAAGACGCCAGACCCGCCACCGAAAAUCUCUAACGUUCAUAUGUGGGGCACAGUGGAUAAUUGGGGAAAGAAGGCAGGCUUUUGGGGUCUUGGAUCGAAGAUUUACAGGGAGAAGUCCAAAUGA